AUGGUUUUAUCAUCGGCACUUCAAGAUGCACGUGAAUGCAUGACAACUGCGAUCCGCAUUAUUAAAGAUCGCCUCUACUUUCUUUCGAUCAACUUCCAACCUGAACCGUCCCCCGGCCUACACUUUUUUUCCAUAGAUGAAGAGCUUAUCUACGAGAACUUCUGUGCAGAUUUUGGCCCUCCAAACCUCGCGCAUGUAUAUAAAUAUUGUCGCAAAUUGAACGAAAGGCUUAAGUCUCCACAUUGGAGUAAUGGAAAAAUAAUUCACUUCACUUCACACAACGCACAAAAGCGAGUUAAUGCUGCAUUUCUAAUGGGCUGUUAUCAGAUAAUCCAUUUGCAUCGUUCGCCAGAAGAGGCGUAUAGACAUCUUUGUUCGAACACUCUGCAUCCAUUCAUACCUUACAGGGAUGCCUCUUUUGGACCUUCCACAUAUCAUUUGCCACUUUUGGCUUGUCUUUGUGCCAUCAGUAAAGCCAUUCAAUAUAAGUUCCUCGAUUUUUUGACCUUCAACGUGGACGAAUACGAACAUUAUGAGAAAGUGGAGAAUGGGGACUUGAACUGGAUCAUACCAAACAAAUUCAUCGCAUUUUCCGGUCCACGUUCCGAAAGCAAAGUGAUAGAUGGUUUGCCUGUGCACAGUCCGGAUGCGUACUUUUCGUAUUUUCGUGCGCACGGUGUGUCUACUGUCAUCCGGCUAAACAAGAAAGUAUACGACGCAAAACGCUUUACGGAUGCUGGUUUCUCACACUUCGAUCUCAUAUUCGCUGAUGGAUGCUACCCAUCCGACUCGAUUAUGCAUCGAUUUCUGCAUAUAUGCGAAGAAGCUCCAGGCGUGAUUGCGGUCCAUUGCAAAGCUGGACUGGGUCGAACGGGCACGCUGAUAAGCUGCUAUCUGAUGAAGCAUUAUCACUUUACUUCUCGCGAGGCAAUUGCUUGGUGUCGCGUUUGUCGUCCCGGUUCUGUUAUCGGACCUCAGCAACACUGGUUGGAUUUGAAACAGUCUGCAUGUUGGUCUAGUGGUGAGCUCUAUCGAGUUGCGCAACGGCAGAAAUUAGAGAGUCAGCUACCUGUAAAGAUGGUACGACAUCUGGAUUUCUCUCUCUGCAGUGCUCCCGCUGCUCUGUCCCGCAGAGCAGAGCGGUCGACUAUAUGUGCGGUCAGCCGGUCCUCUGUAGCUGGUGAUGGGAACAACCUGUCCAUAAGUGAUGGCGCAGUCGAUAAGCGGGACGAAUGUGCUAAUGCGAACGUCGAGGAUUCUUCAUUGGUGUCAAAGUUUUCCAGGCUCCGUGCAAGUGGAUCAAGGAACCUUCAACGUACCGCUGCUGCGUCUGGGGAUUCGGACUCUCGGGAAGGGGAUCAUUCGCAAAGCAGUCCUCUUACUUCGUUCAACACGCGCGAUGCCACGGCAUCCAUCAUUCCGAGUAGCGAUAUCAACUCGGUGGAAUCAACUUCCCCAAUUACUCCGGAUUCACUUACAGAUUUGAAAAGAUCAAAAGAUACACCGAGUGUUUCCAGGGGACCGAGUUUUUCCGUCCCACAUAACUUAAGUUCUACGUCGUUGGAAAGGGAAAGUGUGACAGACGAUCCUGUUUCACUUCAAGCCGGCUGGGCAACGCAAAAUGCCAGGCCCGUGGCGAAGGCAGAAGUCACUCAAGGAGAUCUUUUAAACAGACUCAAAGGACUCCGCCGUCACACACAACUGUCCGGGUCGGAUGUAGAGAACGAGCGUUUUCCACUCAAAACUAUGGUACACGACAACCGCACUUCUUCCGAUGUUUCCGAACUGGGUAGCUCGCGUAUGCCGGUGUCGUGGCGUACCUUGUCCAAUGAAUCGAAUGCGUUUUUGCGUUUGUCGCAGCCGCCUCGCGUCCAUCUGCUCACUGUCGGCAAACCCGCUCGAUCUGUCCAUCGUUCUCUUCCUGGGUCGACAAAAUCCAAAACACUACCAAUGCGAGACUCUCAGAAGAGGGCAGAUGUGACCCAUCGCGAUUCCUCAAUUGGUGAUCGAAGACCGAAUCGCCAUUGUGUUAUUAAAUCCAUCCCACUAGAAGAGGGACGUGUCGAAAUGAAACCCGAUCGGAGCUCAACUGGCAUCUGUCCUGGAAGCCCUCACCCUGUUCCCAUCCCAAGUGCACAGACGACAUGUUUAACCGGCCGUCGUAGAUCAGAAAAAUGUGUCACUUCCUCACAGUCCUUAUCAUCCACUCCCAUUCCCAUCACAAUCUGUCAAGAUACACCCCGCUCUCACACCAAUGCAUUCACUCCAACUACUUCGACGCCAAACUUCAACGUAUUACGCCACUCGGUCGCCCUCGGUACCUUCGAUGACAGGUCGUGUUUGUUUUGGCGAAACGCCCAGCGAAAACAUUCUUCAUCCGUCCGCGGUAACAGCUCCGCCAGCUGGGAGCUGUCUCGCGGCGAUCCCUCAAAAGAGAAACGAAACAGAGGCCAUCAUGGGAUACUUGGAAAGAUGCAGUAG